AUGUUCCUCUUCUCCUCUCCUCUGCUGAUGAACGCCCCCAUCCCCCCUCGGUUCCGGUUUGAGCUCUUCUGGCUCAACCAGGCCGGGUUCCGCGAGGCUGUUGCGGCUAAGUGGACCGCCGUGCGCAAUUCCCCUCACCGCGCCAUGUCCGCGGUGGACUCCUGGCAGUUCUGCGCCAAGCUAGCCCGCCAAUUUAUGAAGGGAUGGGGCGCGAACCUCGGUCGUGAUAUCCGUGACCGCAAGAAGGCCCUCCUGAGCGCCAUCCAGGCCCUGGAUGCCCGUGCUGACUCGUCCGGGAUCUCCCCGGAUGAGUGGAUGUUGAGAUAUGAUCUCGAGGACCAGCUCUCGGUCAUCUAUGCUGACGAGGAGGCCUACUGGCGGUUGCGCGGCACCCAACGGUGGGUGCUUCAGGGCGACGCCAACACGGCCUACUUCCAGGCGAUUGCCAACGGCCGGCGUCGUCGCAACUCCAUUCACUCCCUGUGGGAAGGUGAUACUCAGCUUGUUCGACCCUCGGACAUUCGUGCCCAUGUAGACGGCUUCUAUAAAGCCCUUUUCACCCCCACCCCUCGGGGUGGGGCUGUGCUGGCCCCCGAUAUCUGGUCGGGUGCCCAGCUUGUCUCCGCUGAGGCAAAUGCCGCUUUGGUGGCGCCUUUCUCGCAGGAGGAGGUCCUUGCGGCGAUCAAUGGAAUGAACCCCUCCUCGGCUCCGGGCCCGGAUGGAUUGCCAGUCCUGUUUUUUAAAACAUUCUGGCAAUCCAUUAAACCGGAGGUCAUGGACCUCUUCGACGAGUUCUUCUCUGGGACCAUGGACCUGGGGCGCCUGAACUAUGGGAUCAUUACCCUCAUCCCCAAAGUCCUCCACGAAGUCCGAUCCAAGCACCACCGCGCGGUGUUCCUUAAGCUCGACUUCCAUAAGGCCUACGACACGGUCCACUGGCCCUUCCUUCGGGAAGUAUUGCUUCGGAAGGGCUUCGACGACCGCUGGGUGACCCGCGUUAUGCAACUCGUCACCUGCGGUCGGACGGCGAUCAACAUUAACGGCGAGAUCGGUCCCUACUUCCCCACCCUAUGUGGGGUGCGCCAGGGUGACCCGUUCUCCCCAUUCCUUUUUAACAUGGUUGUCGAUGCCCUUACGGUCAUCCUUGAUAAGGCCAAAGCCUGCGGCCAUAUCCGGGGCGUUGUCCCCCACCUAGUGGACGGAGGAGGGGUUUCCCUCCUCCAAUACGCGGACGACACCAUACUCAUGGUGGAGGGCUCCGUGUCCGACAUCGCCAACCUGAAGUUCCUCCUCCUGUGCUUCCAACAGAUGUCCGGCCUCACCAUCAACUUCGACAAGAGCGAAGUGAUGGUCCUCGGCUACCCCCCGGACGAUGCUUUGUCCAUUGCGGACCGGUUGAACUGCCGCCUGGGCUCCUUCCCCACGACUUACUUGGGGGUGCCCAUUAGUGACUCCAGACUCACCGUCGCGGAUCUCCGCCCGACGGUGACUAGGAUGCAGCACAGGGUUGAACCCUGGAGGGGACGCUGGCUGUCGAAAGCUGCCAGGGUGAUUCUAAUCAACUCCUCGCUUGCCAGCCUUCUCUGGUUUCUCAUGAGCUUCUACAGCCUUCAUGAGACCCUCCAUCAGGAGAUGGCCAAAUACCAGUCGAGGUUCUUCUGGGCUGGUGAGGGCGACAAGCAGAAGUACCAUAUGGUGAGCUGGCCCGACAUCUGCAAACCCAAAGACCAGGGUGGCCUUGGGAUCCUGUCAUCCCGACGCAUGAACAUUGCCCUCCUGACCCGAUGGCUGUGGCGUAUUGCCAAUGGGGAGGGAGGCCUCAUGCUCACCAUCAUCCGUAAUCAGUACCUCCGUGGCCAACCUCAUGCCUUUUGCCAACGUACGGGUGGAUCCCAGUUCUGGCAGUCCGUGAUCCAGCUUCUGCCCGUACUACGCAUCGGCACAUCCAUCUCGGUUGGCUCCGGGGCCUCGACCUUGUUCUGGUUCGACCGCUGGCUUGGGGACUCCCCCCUGGCUGCGCGAUUCCUAGAACUAUUUGCCAUUGCGGCUGGCCCUCGGGUCUCUGUCGAGACGGCCCUUAUUGACUUAGGGCGUCUCGCCUUCCGGCGCCCCUUUGGCCCCCUCGAGGUGGCCGCCUGGGACUCCCUCCUCCAAGACAUCGCACUUAUGCCGAUUAACAUCGAGGAGGACCGGGAUGUUCUUUCCUGGCGCCUCGAGCCCUCUGGCCGCUUCUCCACGAAGUCCCUGUACGGCGCCAUUGCUCCCUCGAUGGCCCCGGAACCAUUUAGCCUGAUCUGGGACAUCCGACUUCCGCUGAAAAUCAGGGUCUUCCUGUGGCAAUGGAUCCGUGGACGCCUCCCCUCUGGGCUUGAAGUCCUCAAGCGUAAUGGCCUGGGUGAUGGGAUGUGCCCCAUCUGUGGCACGAUUGAGGAUGCUAACCACAUCUUUUGCUCGUGCCACUCGGCCCAGUUCCUUUGGGUCUGCUUCCGCGAAACGGUUGGCGGACAGUGGUGUAAUACCAACUUCCCCGACCUGCUUGCCGAGCUCAACGCUUCCCCUACUCGCUACCGCCAUAUUAGAUGGUUGUGCGUUGGGGUUCUCGCCUGGACGCUUUGGAACAUUCGCAAUAAGCUUGUUAUUCAGAAGGUGCCUCUCCGACGUGCGAAUGACGCAAUCUUCAAAUUGUGUGGCUACCUGCAGCUUUGGCGGCCGCUUAGCCGCCCCCAGGACCGGGACGUCAUCACCACCCUCCUCUCCGAUCUCCGCUCGAUGGCGCUCCGCGUGGCUCCCCCGCUGCCACCUCCUCCUCCUGAGCCUGACUAG